AUGCUCCUAGCAAACCAAAGCACGACCUUCUACCUUCAACUCGUCGCCACCGCCGUUGUCCUCCUCCUCGCCGCCAUCCACGUCCGCCGCGAAAGACUAUAUCCCGUGCUCCCAGUCGCCUUCCUACAAAAUGAAAAGGACUAUGAGAAGGCGAAGAAGGACUGGGGCACAAGCGCGAAAGAAGUGGUCGAACACGGUUUGAACAUUUUCCGGAAGCCGUUCCAGGUCGUCAGCCCCAUCGGACCCAAGAUCAUCCUGCCGAACUCGUACGUGAAUGAGAUCAAGAGCGAUAAAAGGUUCAGCUUCGGGAAGUGGACUGCGAAUGAGUUUUUGUCUCACCUAGACGGCUUUGAGGGCUUCGGAAAAGUGUUUGAAACGCCAGUCUUCACCGAAACUGUCCGGACUAAGCUCACGCAGGCACUCGGCACACUGACCGACGACUUGUGCCAAGAAAGCGAACUGACGCUGCUGGACAGCCUUGGGGAGCCGAAAGAAUGGACCUCACUGGUGCUGAAGCCCUUCACGCUCGACUACGUGGCGCGCCUCUCGACGCGCGUCUUCCUGGGCGAGUCGCUGUGCCGCAACCGCGAGUGGCUCGACGUCUUCGUCAACUACACGGUCGAGGCUUUCGUCGCAGUGCAGCAGCUGCGCCACUACCCUGCGUGGCUGCGGCCGGUGGUCAACGCGUACCUGCCGGGCCCGCGCAAGGUGCGCGCCUCCAUCGCCCAGGCGCGCAAGCUGAUCGUGCCCGAGAUCGAGAAGCGCAGGAAGGCCGUGGCCGAGGCGGCGGCGCGCGGCGAGAAGGUCAAGGGCAAGGACACGGUGUCGUGGAUGGACGAGGUCGCAAAGGGCCGCCCCUUCGACCCCGUGCUCAACCAGCUGUUCUUCUCCGUCGCCGCGCUGCACACGACGAGCGGGCUGAUAACGCAGGCCGUCCUCGACCUUGUUUCGCACCCGGACGUGAUCGAGGACCUGCGCGCCGAGGUGCGCCAGGUGCUGAAGGAGGAGGGCUGGAAGAAGACGAGCUUGUACAAGAUGAGGCUGAUGGACAGCUUCCUGAAGGAGUCGCAGCGCGUGAAUCCGCCCGGCCUGCUCGUCAUGAACCGCGUCGCCGAAGAAGCCGUCACCCUCAGCGACGGCACCCACAUCCCAAAAGGCGCCGUCGUCUCGUGCUCCAUGGACAACCUGAGCAACCCGGCCAUCUACCCGGACCCGGAAAAGUUCGACGCCCGCCGCUUCCUGCGCAUGCGCGAGCAGCCCGGCCAGGAGAACAGCUGGCAGUUCGUGACGACCAGCCCCGAGCACCUCGGCUUCGGCCACGGCACCCACGCCUGCCCGGGGCGCUUCUUCGCCUCCAACGAGGCCAAGAUCGCCCUCGCCUACCUGCUGCUCAUGUACGACAUCCGCUUGCCCGGUGGUGUUACUGAGCGGCCCCCGACGUUUGGGAAGGAUGCCGAGUUCUUUGUUGAUCCGGCAGUUAAGAUUGAGUUUAGGCGGAGGGAGGAGAAUGUGCCGAGGGAGUAG